AUGAGCCAAAUCGACUUACCCUUUAUUGGUAGCAUCAUUACUGAUGCUCAGAACACGAUCAACACGGUAGUCAAAGAAGGAGAACGCAUCGUGAAAGAAGGGACAGAUGCAGUACAAGAAGGUGGGCGUUUGCUGAAGGAAGGAGCAGAACGUGUCGUCGAUGAAGGGGCUCAUAUGAUACGGCAAGGGGGGCUUGGCGCAUUAAACGCUUUUAGCCCUGUCAGCAAGCGCGUCCAGGUGUAUUCUUGGGUUGCAAAGGACAACUAUUCAGUGGAAUUCUCUGUGCCAGGCAAGAAAAUACGCAAGAACCAACGAUACAGCUGGAGCAACGAUGACCUCGAGGUAGACUCAAGGAGCCUCCAAGAUACCUUCGACGGCCAGUUCAUAUUCCGGGUCUACAACGGAAAUGGCGCUGAAGUUUUCAGCCGUACGAACACCAUCAACGCUGCGACCGGUUUCAUUCAGAGCGGAAACAUGACCAGUCUAGACGAGAUGCAGCCUCAGCUCGUUAACAACGGCGAGGCAGUUGUAGCGUUUGGCUUCUACGAUGCAGGGCCUGGGUGGGCAGGUCUUCCACGGGCUCAUCAAUGCUGGGUCACAGUUACGCCCAACUGGGCGGGAUGGAUGGCAUCAGUGGCUCCGCUUGGGUCAGAGCAAGCCAAAAAGCCAUUCAAUACCUUCGUACUACCAGGAGGCCACGACUGUGGCAUGAAUAGCAUGGAGACGUUUGGAAAUAUUUGGAGUCAUGUCCACGAUGCCCAUGAUGUGGUCUCCAAAAUAGCCGGGCCCUUGAAUUUGCCAUCCCAGAUUACUGGAGUAUUAGCUGAAGUGGCUCCAUAUGUCAUCUCUGGACUCUCAAGGACCCAAACGGCCGGCAUCACCAGCUCAAUGUUGCUUGGCGCCAGAUACUUUGAGUUCCGGCCUGCGGAGAUGUCGACCUUUUUUGAUUUCGCUCCCCGUGAUGGGGAAUUGUACUAUCAGCAUAUGCUUAUUCCUGGAAUAUCGUUUAUGCGCUUCUUAGCAGAGGUCAUCAGCUUUCUGAGGCAAAAUCAGGGCGAAAUUGCUGUUCUUCAGAUUCGAUGCGACGGUGUUCAUGAAACAUGUGUUCGACCAUCGCAUGAAGUAGUGGAACAUUGGAUCGAGAGAGGUUUGAAAGAGUGGGGUGAAGAUGUCAUCAAGACGGGAAACAAAGACGAUAUGAAGAACUCAGUCGCUUGGCUUCGAAACAAACAAAAACGCCUCAUCGUCUUGCAAGAUAUCGGACAAUACAGCUCCUAUAUGGAGGACGAGUACAAGACGUUUGACGGUUCAAAUAUCGUGAAGGUGUUUGAAGGUUUCCUCAAAAACGCUAGCACCAGUUUGAAGGGUAACGAUCUUGCGGUGUGGCAAUGUCAAGCAACCUCGACUCUAAAAUGGGCCGCUGAUCUCGCUUCUAUCCUGAAGCCCAGCUCUCUUGCCUUGACUUCGCCGCUGCUUGCUACCAAGGCGCGGUGUGACACUCAAACAUUGCCCUGGCUGCUGAACAACGUCUUUCCCACUAUGCGGGCAACUGUUUUACAGGCUAUCAUCAACGAUUUUCUGGAUGGCGCGACCGUGGAUGUUGCUAUUGCGCUCAGUCAGAAGUACUUCGACGACAAGACGGUUGGCCCUGCGACUGACCCCCAAUAG